AUGGGGACAGGCAUUGUAUCAAUUCUUUUGAAUACACUACCCUACAAUGCUCAAUGGCUAUACUGGAUCUCUGUCGUCAUCUUCACUAUCAAUGUCCUCCUCUUCAUCACAGGAUGUAUCAUCAGCUUCUUGCGAUAUACACUGUAUCCGGAGAUCUUCGGAGCUAUGAUCGUUCAUCCCGUGCAGUCAAUGUUUAUUGGGACAUUCCCCAUGGGCUUGACCACAAUUAUCAACAUGUUCUGUUUCGUCUGCGUCCCAGCGUGGGGUGAGUGGACCAGAAACUUUGCCUGGGGUUUAUGGAUCUUCGACGCGAUAUUAUCGGUGGUGACGGCGUUGUCGUUGCCCUUCUUGCUAAUGGCCCAUGGAAACGAAACGCAACUCUCCUCCAUGACAGCCGUCUGGCUUCUCCCAAUCGUAAGCUGCAUCGUUGCAGCCUCCUCGGGCGCCAUCGUCGCUGACGUCCUCCCCAACCCUCAACAUGCCCUAUGGACGGUGCUCGUCAGCUAUGUCCUCUGGGGCAUUGGCGUCCCCCUCGCCAUGAUGGUCAUGGUAAUCUACCUCCAGCGCCUGACCCUCCACAAGCUCCCACCCAAGGCCGUCAUCGUUAGUGUUUUCCUGCCCCUGGGACCAUUAGGUCAGGGCGGUUAUGGAGCAAUGAAACUAGGCAAAUCCGCCCAAACCAUCUUCGCGCAGACACACACGCUGGAAGCCUCGUCCGGCUCGACCUUCUACACCCUGGGGUUCCUCGUCGCGCUCAUUCUCUGGUCCUUCGGCCUGGUCUGGCUGUUCUUCGCGUCGGCUUCUAUCGCUAGAUGUCGCAGCUUUCCCUUUAACAUCGGCUGGUGGGGGUUCACAUUCCCGCUCGGGGUCUUUGCCGCCAGUACCUGUCAAAUGGGUCGAGAGCUGCCGUCAGAGUUUUUCAAGAUGCUCGGAACUAUUAUUUCGCUUUGUGUGGUGGUUUUAUGGAUGGUGGUGAGUAUUGGGACGUUGAAGGGCGUGGUGUCAGGGAAGCUGUUCUUUGCGCCAUGUUUGGCAGAUUUGAAGCUGAAGGAGGAGGAUAAGGAUGUUGCGAAGGCUGCUUGA